UGCUUCGCCGCAAAGCUACGUGUAACCUUGCGACGCGUGUUGCGCUCCGGUCGCAUAAGCGUCAGCGGCUGUCGCUGCGAGUGCGUGGCGGGUUGUCCAGGUAACCACGGGAGUUGUCGCUGUCUGGUAGCAUCUGAGAGACAAGUGUGCGUCAUGCAGUUGAAGCACCUGAGGACCCUGCUGAGCCCUCAGGAUGGAGCUGCAAAGGUGACUUGCAUGGCUUGGUCCCAGAACAAUGCCAAAUUUGCUGUCUGCACAGUGGACCGAGUAGUCUUACUGUAUGAUGAACAUGGAGAACGGAGAGAUAAAUUCUCCACCAAACCAGCUGACAUGAAGUAUGGCAGGAAGAGCUAUAUGGUGAAGGGCAUGGCUUUUUCUCCUGAUUCCACUAAAAUUGCCAUAGGACAGACUGACAACAUCAUCUAUGUCUACAAGAUUGGAGAAGAUUGGGGUGACAAGAAAGUCAUCUGCAACAAGUUCAUCCAGACGAGUGCUGUCACUUGUCUGCAGUGGCCCGCAGAGUACAUCAUUGUCUUUGGGCUGGCUGAAGGGAAGGUUCGUUUAGCAAACACCAAAACUAAUAAAUCAUCUACCAUCUAUGGGACAGAGUCUUACGUGGUGUCCCUGACAACAAAUUGCUCUGGGAAAGGAAUUCUCUCUGGUCAUGCAGAUGGUACCAUUGUUAGGUAUUUCUUUGAUGAUGAAGGCUCUGGAGAGUCACAGGGGAAGUUGGUUAACCACCCGUGUCCACCCUAUGCCUUGGCAUGGGCAACCAAUAGCAUUGUGGCUGCAGGCUGUGAUCGGAAGAUUGUAGCCUAUGGAAAAGAAGGCCACGUGCUACAAACUUUUGAUUAUAGCCGUAACCCUCAGGAGCGGGAGUUCACCACAGCUGUAGCAAGUCCUGGGGGCCAGUCUGUUGUGCUAGGAAGUUAUGACAGGCUUCGGGUGUUCAACUGGAGCCCUCAAAGAAGCAUCUGGGAAGAGGCAAAGCCCAAGGAGAUUGCCAAUUUAUACACCAUCACUGCCUUGGCCUGGAAGCGGGAUGGCUCACGGCUCUGUGUGGGCACACUAUGUGGUGGGGUGGAACAGUUUGACUGCUGUCUCCGAAGGAGUAUUUACAAGAACAAGUUUGAGCUGACGUAUGUGGGACCUAGCCAGGUGAUUGUGAAGAACCUGUCAUCAGGAACCCGAGUGGUGCUCAAGUCACACUAUGGCUAUGAGGUGGAAGAGGUGAAAAUCCUAGGAAAGGAACGUUACUUGGUGGCCCACACAUCAGACACACUGCUGCUGGGGGACCUGAACACUAAUCGGCUUAGUGAGAUAGCCUGGCAAGGAUCUGGUGGCAAUGAGAAGUAUUUCUUUGAAAAUGAGAAUGUAUGCAUGAUCUUCAAUGCCGGAGAGCUAACCCUGGUGGAAUAUGGGAAUAAUGACACCUUGGGUUCCGUACGCACUGAAUUCAUGAACCCCCACCUCAUCAGUGUUCGUAUUAAUGAGAGGUGUCAGCGAGGAACAGAAGAUAAUAAGAAAUUGGCUUAUCUUAUUGAUAUUAAGACUAUUGCUAUAGGUGAGUGGACCGGAAACUAUUUCGUGUGGAGAAGAGCGCUAGCUAAGGCCUUAGGCAUUGGCUGCGACCACCAGAGGUGUGAGACAACCUGCUACCGGCAGGGACUGAGGGAGGCAGGAUGGGAGCAUGUGUCCUUUGCGUGUCAUCCAGGCAUAGAAAGGGCACCAGAAGAAUCAACAUUCUCUGAGUUAGGAUAUACCAGCUCAGCAGAAAGCAGAUCAGUAAGCUUUGAAAUGCAGCAUGAACCUGAGUGGUGGGUUAGCUCACCACAUCUUACCAUUAAGGAAAUAGUCAAAAGCAGGAGACAACCCACAUCCCCUUCUAAUUGUGUUAUCUGUUGCUUCUUUCUUCAGUUGCAUCUAUAUGAUAUUGAAAGCUGCUCUAAGACGAUGAUCCUCAACUUCUGCUCCUACGUGCAGUGGGUCCCAGGAAGUGAUGUGCUGGUAGCUCAGAACCGAAACAGCCUGUGUGUGUGGUACAACAUUGAGGCACCUGAGAGAGUCACCAUGUUCACUAUUAGGGGUGAUGUUAUAGGUCUGGAGCGGGGCGGGGGAAAGACCGAGGUGAUGGUGAUGGAAGGUGUGACUACUGUUGCCUACACACUGGAUGAGGGCCUCAUCGAGUUUGGAACAGCCAUUGAUGAUGGCGACUACAUCCGGGCAACAGCCUUCUUAGAGACUCUGGAAAUGACCCCAGAAACAGAGGCAAUGUGGAAAACCUUGAGUAAACUGGCACUAGAGGCAAGGCAACUACACAUUGCGGAGAGGUGCUUUUCUGCUUUGGGCCAAGUAGCAAAAGCUCGAUUCCUGCAUGAGACCAAUGAGAUUGCAGAUCAAGUGUCCCGGGAAUAUGGCGGAGAAGGAACAGACUUUUAUCAGGUCCGAGCACGUCUAGCCAUGCUGGAAAAGAACUACAAACUGGCCGAAAUGAUCUUUUUGGAACAGAACGCUGUGGAGGAGGCCAUGGGCAUGUACCAGGAGCUACACCGUUGGGAUGAGUGUAUCGCUGUGGCUGAAGCCAAGGGGCACCCAGCCCUAGAGAAGCUACGCCGUAGUUACUACCAGUGGCUUAUGGACACACAGCAGGAGGAGCGAGCAGGUGAACUACAGGAGAGCCAAGGGGAUGGGCUAGCAGCCAUCAGCCUCUACCUCAAAGCUGGGCUCCCUGCCAAAGCUGCUCGGCUGGUGCUGACCCGAGAGGAACUGCUAGCCAACACAGAGCUGGUAGAACACAUCACUGCAGCCCUUAUCAAGGGGGAACUCUACGAAAGGGCAGGUGAUCUCUUUGAGAAGAUUCACAAUCCACAGAAGGCCCUGGAGUGCUACCGUAAAGGCAACGCAUUCAUGAAAGCGGUAGAGCUGGCUCGACUGGCCUUCCCAGUGGAGGUGGUGAAACUGGAGGAGGCAUGGGGGGACCACCUGGUGCAGCAGAAGCAGCUUGAUGCAGCCAUUAAUCACUACAUCGAAGCCAGGUGCUCCAUUAAGGCAAUUGAGGCCGCCCUGGGUGCCCGCCAGUGGAAGAAGGCAAUUUAUAUAUUAGAUCUACAGGACCGGAACACUGCGUCCAAAUACUAUCCUCUCGUGGCCCAACACUAUGCAUCCCUGCAGGAGUAUGAGAUUGCUGAGGAGCUCUAUACUAAGGGAGACCGGACAAAAGAUGCUAUAGACAUGUACACCCAGGCUGGCUGUUGGGAACAAGCCCACAAGCUGGCGAUGAAAUGCAUGAGACCAGAAGAUGUAUCAGUGUUAUACAUCACUCAGGCCCAGGAAAUGGAGAAGCAGGGCAAGUACCGUGAGGCUGAAAGGCUAUAUGUGACAGUAGAAGAGCCUGAUCUUGCCAUCACCAUGUACAAAAAGCACAAGUUGUAUGAUGACAUGAUCCGCCUGGUAGGGAAGCACCAUCCAGAUCUCCUCAGUGACACACACCUACAUCUAGGCAAGGAGCUGGAGGCUGAAGGCCGACUACAGGAGGCCGAGUACCACUACCUCGAGGCCCAGGAAUGGAAGGCAACAGUGAACAUGUACCGGGCCAGUGGGCUUUGGGAAGAGGCCUACCGGGUGGCCAGGACUCAAGGAGGGGCUAAUGCCCACAAACACGUGGCCUAUCUGUGGGCAAAGAGCCUGGGAGGAGAGGCUGCAGUUAGACUGCUUAACAAGCUGGGACUCCUGGAAGCUGCUGUUGACCACGCUGCGGACAAUUGCUCCUUUGAAUUUGCCUUUGAACUCUCUCGGCUGGCCCUCAAGCACAAAACCCCCGAGGUUCAUCUCAAAUAUGCUAUGUUCCUAGAGGAUGAGGGGAAAUUCAAAGAGGCUGAAGCUGAAUUCAUCAGAGCUGGUAAACCCAAGGAAGCAGUCCUCAUGUUUGUCCAUAACCAGGAUUGGGAGGCAGCUCAGCGUGUGGCUGAGGCCCACGACCCUGACAGUGUCGCCGAGGUGCUUGUGGGACAGGCCCAGGGGGCCUUGGAGGAGAAGGACUUUCAGAAAGCAGAAGGGCUGCUGCUCCGGGCCCAGAGACCAGGCCUGGCCCUCAAUUAUUAUAAGGAGGCUGGAUUAUGGAGUGACGCUCUACGGAUCUGCAAGGACUAUGUGCCCAGCCAGCUGGAGGCUCUGCAGGAAGAGUAUGAGCGGGAAGCUACUAAGAAGGGGGCCAGGGGUGUGGAGGGACUCGUGGAACAAGCUCGACACUGGGAGCAGGCUGGAGAGUACAGCCAUGCUGUGGACUGCUACCUCAAAGUGCGAGACUCUGGGAACAGCGGACUGGCGGAGAAGUGCUGGAUGAAGGCAGCCGAACUCUCCAUCAAGUUUCUGCCUCCUCAGCGUAAUAUGGAGGUCGUUCUGGCUGUAGGACCCCAGCUGAUUGGAAUUGGAAAGCACAGUGCAGCUGCAGAGCUGUAUCUGAAUCUGGACCUUGUCAAGGAAGCAAUUGAUGCUUUCAUCGAGGGUGAGGAGUGGAACAAGGCUAAGCGUGUAGCUAAGGAGUUAGAUCCCAGGUACGAAGACUAUGUGGACCAGCAUUAUAAAGAGUUCCUCAAGAACCAGGGCAAAGUGGACUCGCUGGUGGGUGUGGAUGUGAUAGCUGCUUUGGACCUGUAUGUGGAGCAGGGCCAGUGGGACAAGUGCAUUGAAACAGCUACCAAGCAGAACUACAAGAUUCUGCACAAGUACGUGGCUUUGUAUGCAACUCACUUGAUCCGGGAGGGUAACUCUGCCCAGGCAUUGGCCCUAUAUGUACAGCACGGAGCCCCUGCUAACCCACAGAACUUCAAUAUCUACAAAAGGAUCUUCACUGACAUGGUGAGCUCUCCUGGAACCAACUGUGCCGAGGCCUAUCAUAGCUGGGCUGAUCUUCGAGAUGUCCUCUUCAACCUGUGUGAAAACCUGGUGAAGUCCAGUGAGGCAAACUCUCCAGCCCAUGAGGAGUUCAAGACGAUGCUGCUGAUUGCUCAUUACUAUGCCACGCGCUCUGCGGCCCAGAGUGUCAAACAGCUGGAAACUGUGGCUGCCAGACUUUCUGUUUCACUCUUGCGUCACACCCAGCUACUACCUGUAGACAAAGCCUUCUAUGAAGCAGGCAUUGCUGCCAAGGCAGUUGGCUGGGAGAACAUGGCAUUCAUCUUCCUCAAUCGCUUUUUGGACCUGACCGACGCAAUCGAGGAGGGGACUCUGGAUGGCCUUGACCACUCUGAUUUUCAGGAUACAGACAUUCCCUUUGAGGUGCCACUCCCAGCCAAGCAGCAUGUACCGGAGGCUGAGAGAGAAGAGGUUCGAGACUGGGUGCUUACAGUCUCCAUGGACCAGCGGCUGGAGCAGGUUCUGCCUCGGGAUGAGCGUGGUGCCUACGAGGCCUCCCUAGUGGCAGCAAGCACUGGGGUUCAAGCCCUGCCCUGCCUUAUUACAGGAUACCCCAUUCUGAGGAACAAAAUAGAAUUUAAGCGGCCAGGGAAGGCUGCUAACAAGGACAACUGGAAUAAAUUCCUUAUGGCCAUCAAGACCUCCCACAGCCCAGUGUGCCAGGACGUGCUGAAAUUCAUCAGUCAGUGGUGUGGAGGGCUCCCCAGCACCAGCUUUUCCUUUCAGUAGUCGGUAGAGCUGAGGAAGAGUUAGGGCCUCUCCCUCAUUAAAGUUUUAUAAAUAACUGA